UUAGUGAAAUGUGUUUGGUGUAUAUAAUACUUUUUAGAGAAUAAAUUUCGAAACUUUGCAUUAGCUGCCGACCUUAAAGGGGGGAAAUGAAAGCAGAUAUUUAGAAGAAAGAAAAAGAAGAGAUGAGAGAGAUUAUUAGCGUCCACAUUGGUCAAGCUGGGAUUCAAGUCGGGAAUUCUUGCUGGGAGCUCUACUGUCUUGAACAUGAAAUCCAUCCUGAUGGAACCAUGCCCAGUGACACCUCAGUCGGUGUAGCACACGAUGCUUUCAACACUUUCUUCAGCGAAACGGGUUCAGGAAAGCAUGUACCGAGAGCUGUCUUUGUUGAUCUGGAACCCACUGUUAUCGAUGAAGUGCGGACUGGCCCUUAUCGCCAACUUUUCCACCCUGAGCAGCUUAUUUCUGGCAAGGAAGAUGCUGCUAAUAACUUUGCCAGAGGCCACUAUACAAUUGGAAAGGAAAUUGUUGAUCUCUGCCUUGAUCGAGUUAGGAAGUUAGCUGAUAACUGCACUGGUCUGCAAGGCUUUAUGGUGUUUAAUGCUGUCGGCGGUGGAACUGGUUCUGGUUUGGGAUCUUUGUUGUUGGAGCGCUUGUCGGUAGAUUAUGGAAAGAAGUCCAAGCUUGGGUUCACCAUCUAUCCUUCGCCUCAGGUCUCAACUGCAGUUGUGGAGCCUUACAAUAGCGUUCUGUCCACUCAUUCGCUUCUUGAACACACAGAUGUGGCUGUGCUCUUGGACAAUGAAGCAAUUUAUGACAUAUGCCGGAGAUCCCUCGAUAUCGAGAGGCCAACUUACACCAAUUUGAACCGGUUGAUUUCUCAAAUCAUAUCGUCCUUGACAACUUCUUUAAGGUUUGAUGGAGCCAUUAAUGUGGACAUUACAGAGUUCCAAACCAAUCUUGUGCCUUAUCCUCGAAUCCACUUCAUGCUCUCUUCUUAUGCGCCUGUUAUCUCAGCUGAGAAAGCAUACCAUGAACAGUUAUCAGUUCCUGAGAUCACAAACGCUGUGUUUGAGCCCUCAAGCAUGAUGGCGAAGUGCGAUCCUAGGCAUGGGAAGUACAUGGCAUGCUGCCUGAUGUAUCGAGGAGAUGUUGUGCCUAAGGAUGUUAAUGCUGCUGUUGCUACUAUUAAAACAAAGAGGACUGUGCAGUUUGUUGACUGGUGCCCAACUGGUUUCAAAUGCGGUAUUAACUAUCAGCCCCCAACUGUUGUACCUGGAGGAGAUCUUGCUAAGGUGCAGCGAGCUGUUUGCAUGAUAAGCAAUAAUACAGCAGUGGCUGAGGUGUUUGCACGCAUUGACCACAAGUUUGAUCUCAUGUACUCAAAGAGAGCUUUUGUGCAUUGGUAUGUUGGCGAAGGCAUGGAAGAAGGUGAAUUCUCAGAAGCCCGUGAGGAUCUGGCUGCUCUUGAGAAGGAUUAUGAAGAAGUUGGCGCUGAAGGUGGAGAUGAUGAAGAGGAAGGUGAAGAAUAUUGAUGUGCUUAUGCAAAAUCAUCUAUUUUGAAGAUCGGUUCACCGUGUGAGGGUAUGCCCACCCUCUUUUCCUAUAUCCUUCCUAUCGUUCUUUAUUUGUGAGGUUUGUGAAAUUAUGCAUGUAAUAGGCCUAGGAUCUUUUCAUGCUAUUAAUGGAAUAAAUUUAGAGUUGUGUUUGCAUGUCAUUUUUGUUAGAAAUGCUUGUCUUUUACUUUUGAAAGAUGCUUCAUAAGAACAUGAAUAGCCUAAUAAGCUAUCCUAUUUUUCAUGUUUAAAACUGUCAUAUCUAUGGGUGUUGAAAGACUGUCUAAACCUUUUUAUGCUGUCAAUGGAGUGAUAUUUUAGAUUC